AUGAAUCAGUUCAAAGGUGUAUUCCUUGGUUUGGCUGAAGCUCCAUGUGCAAGGGCUGUUAACUCCCAAAAAUGUGUUCGCGUUGGUGGCAAGCAUAAUGAUCUAGAUUUAGUUGGAAAGGAUGGUCACCAUCACACAUUCUUUGAAAUGCUCGGCAACUGGUCUUUUGGAGACUAUUAUAAGGAAGAAGCCUGCCGUAUGGCCUGGGAUCUGCUCCUUGGACCUUUUCGGCUGAAACCAGAAGACUUGCUUGUUACUUACUUUGGAGGAGAUAUUGUAAUUGGUUUACAGGAAGAUAAAGAGUGUAGAGACAUCUGGAAGUCUCUAGGAGUGCCUGCAAGCCGUCUACAGGCACGUGGAGUGGCAGACAACUUUUGGGAAAUGGGUGCUACAGGGCCAUGUGGAGUGUGUACUGAACUGCACUACAUAGGGUCCGAUGGUAGCCUCACGGAGAUAUGGAAUCUUGUCUUUAUUGAUUGCUUAAGAGAGGCAGACGGGUCUGUGAAGCGACUACGUCGACAGCACGUGGACACGGGCAUGGGGCUAGAGAGGGCGGCGGCGUUACUCCAAGGGGUGCCCACUAACUACGAGACCGACCUUUUCCGUCCACUCUUAAACGCCAUCUACAAGAACAGCAAAGGCGUGUCACCAUACGGCGGACGGUAUACCGAGGAUGCUGUACUGGACCAAGCAUACCGGAGACUAGCCGAUCAUGCACGGAUGAUCAGUGUCUGUCUAGCGGAUGAUGUCUUCCCGGUAACUAGUCUGAACCUUAAACAAAUCAUGCGCAAAUCCUUCAAGAUGUGCUCGGACGUCUUCCAAAACCCGCAACUCCUGGACAAUUUAUACAUGGAGGUGGCAUCCAGCCUCGGAGAAACGUACCCGGAGCUGGUCUCCAAGCAGAGGCAGGCCAGUGUCAUUAUAGAGCACGAGAGGGAGGCCUACGCCAAACUGCGUGCGGACUUGGGCAAGAAGUGGAAAGGGCUGCUGAAGAAAUACCCCGAGAUUGAGAGUUUAUCCGAUGUGGAGAUACCGGGCUUUGCUCUUGGGUACACAGAGUUCAAAGAGACUAUGGCCAAAUUGAACUCGACCACAAUACCUGGAGAGCUGGUAUUCAAAUUGUACGACACGCAUGGCUUCCAAGAGGACGUCAUCGAAAGAAUAUCUAAAUUAAACAAUCUCAAUAUAGACAAGCCAAGCUUCUGGAAACUUUUGGCUCAGCAUAAAUCCAAACAUAAGGCGGCAUUCAAAGAGCAGACCACAAACAAGAAUUUGAAAUUCGACACGACUAUAGAGAGAUUAAUAAAAAGUGGAGUUAAAUGCACAGACGAUUCACAUAAGUAUGAUUAUGUACUAGUCAAUGAUGAAAUAACAUUUGAACCGCUCAAAUGCAAACUAGUUUCAAUGUUGAACGAAGACGGCGAAUGGAUAGACUUUCUAGAUCCAUGUGAGGAUAGACUAUACUAUUUAGUUACGGAUAAGACAAAUUUCUUUUGUGAGGAAGGUGGUCAGAUAGCGGACAGUGGUAUUAUAAAAGUAAGUGAUCUGGUGACAAUGAGAGUGGACAGUGUAUUUAAAAUACGGGACUUUGUUUUUCAUAAGGGACAUUUCAUAUUAGAUAAAUCAAAUGAAAAGAAAUAUGUGAAGUGUAAUAGUGAAGUAACAUUAGCGAUAGACAGCAAUAAAAGGUUGGAAGUGAUGAAGAACCACACUGCCGUGCAUUUGUUGAAUGCAGCCAUGAGGAAGGUGUUGCCGAACAGUGUUGUCUGUCAAAUUGGUUCUCAGGUGACUGAUAAGGGGUUCAUAUUGAAUCUGUCAGUUUAUGGUGAGAAAUUGUCAGAGAAGGCGAUAUCGGAAGCUGAAGCAUUAGUAAGGUCCGCCAUCGAGAGCGACGCGAGGGUGGUCAGCCAGGAGCUGGACAGCGUGCGCGUGCAGGGAGAGGCGGAGGUCCUCCGGCUGCCCGGGGAGCGCUACCCUGAGCGGGGGCUGCGCCUCGUGGCCUGCGGGGGCCCGCUGCCCUCCAGGGAGCUGUGCUGCGGCACGCACGCGCCCUCCGCCGGCCUCGUGCGCCACCUGGUGGUGGGCCACGUGCGCGCCGCGCGCACCCACGCGCCCGCGCUGCUCGCCCUGGCCGGCCGCGCCGCCGAACAGGCCCGCGAGCUAUUCUGCCACGUGGCGAACCUGGGCCGAGUGGCGGCGCUGGGCGGGGCGGCGCAGGGCGGGCCGCUGCGCGAGGAGGCGGCCGCGGCGCGGCGCCGGCUGGCCGCGCUCCCGCCCUCCGCCCGCUCGCCGGGGGCGCCCCGCGGCGACCUCGCGGCUUGUCUGCGCCAACUCGAGCGUCUCGAGCGCCUCGAGCACCUCGAGCAGCCGGACGUUGCUAGCGCCCUCCACGGCAUAGCGGGCGCGGAAAUCGAGGAGGCGAUGUGUGAGGCGCUCGGGUCGGGGCGGGCGUUCGUGGUGCACUUCGUGCGCAGCUCGUACCUGAUGCCGAGCGAGGCGGUGGCGGAGGCGCUGGCGCUGGAGACGCCGCUGCCCGCGCUGCUGCUGGGCUGCGCGGGCGGGGUCGUCAGGGCGGCGGCCACUGUGCCACCGACGAGCGCCAGCGGACUGAGCGCCGAGCGCUGGCUGCAGUGUGCGGCGCGAGUGUUCAACGCUUCGACUCGCCCACGAACGCCACACUCCGCCGAGAUGGACGCCGUCAAGGUGAGCCUGAUUAACUGCGAACAAAUGGUACAGGACGCGAUGAGAAUUGCGAUCAAAUUUGCACAGUCUCAUAUCGACAAACCUAAAGAAGACAGCAGCGGCGAUACAGAUACCGCUAGCGAGAAUAGACAGCAAAAC